AAUAAAUAUAUCGUGCAACGAAUCAGUCGAUCCGAUCACGUAUUCUGAAACAUGUUUAAAAAAAAAUAUUGAAGAAAUUUGUGCCAUGCCACACGUUUUGUAAAUACGAAUACAGCGCCACGUAUACAUAUAUGUACGACGUGUAACAUUUUGACAUUAUGUAGUGUGUUCAAUUCGAAUUCGGAAACUUACCUACGAAAUUUACUUUACUUAUGAGAGAAAAUAUACAUUUUGUGACCGUUAAAAAUAGUAUUUUCAAUUGCAAUUUGAACUCAAAAUGUGGGUAGUCUAUUUCCUGUGUGUAUUUUCUUUAAUCUUAUUCGUGAUGAGAAAGUUAUAUAUAAAGAAAUAUAAAGUAGAGAAAAAUAUCUGUGUUGUUGUUCUUGGAGAUCUAGGCAGAAGCCCUAGAAUGCAAUAUCAUGUACUAUCAUUAAUAAAAGAAGGUUUUACAGUAGAUUUUGUAGGUUAUUCUGGUGCAAACCCAUUAAAAGAAAUUCAAGAAAGUCCUCAUGUAUGUAUUUAUUAUCUUCCACCUCCACCAUCUAUAGGCAACAAUUUUCCCAGCCUUGUGCGGUAUUUAAUAAAAACUUUGUGGCAAACCGUUAGUCUCUGUUGGGUCUUAUUUAAAAAACCUAUAUCCACUCAUGUAUUGAUACAAAAUGCACCCGCAGUACCGACAAUUCCAGUCUGUUGGUUCUAUUGUGUUGCAGUCAAUUCUCAAUUUAUCGUGGAUUGGCACAAUUAUGCUUAUACUAUAAUGGCACUACAUUUAAGGAAUGACCAUCUAUUGGUAAAGGUUGCAAAGGCAAUUGAAAUAUUUUUCGGCUCCAAAGCACAAAGUAAUUUUUGUGUUUCUGGGGCUUUGAAGGAAGAUCUACAAGUAACAUGGGGAAUUGGGGCUAAAAUAUUGUAUGAUCGUCCAAUAGAUAAAUUUCAUCGUAUAUCGCUAACAGAGAAACAUAAAUUUUUAUUAAGCUUAAGCGAAACAUAUGAUGCGUUUGAAGGCCCAGACAAAAACUCUACUAUAUUUACAGAAUGUAGAUCAGAUGAGGUACAUUUGAAACCUGAAAGGCCUGGCUUCAUCGUGUCUAGUACAAGUUGGACCGAAGAUGAAGACUUCUCUAUAUUACUAAAUGCAUUACAAGAAUACGAAAAUGCAGUUAAAGAAAAGGUGUACAAUCUUCCUGAUUUAAUUUGUGUAAUAACUGGUAAAGGACAGCUGAAAGAAUUUUAUAUGGCCAUUAUAAAAUUAAAGAUGUGGAAACAUGUUACAAUUUUGACCCCAUGGCUUACAAGUGAAGACUAUCCGAAAAUAUUAGCUAGUGCAGAUUUAGGAAUUUCUCUUCAUACUUCGUCCAGUGGUUUGGAUUUACCUAUGAAAGUUGUCGACAUGUUUGGAUGUGAACUUCCAGUUUGCGCAUACAAUUUUAAUUGUUUAUCAGAACUUGUUAAACAUAAUGAAAAUGGAAUGAUCUUUUCAAGUUAUAAGGAAUUAGCAACACUAUUAAAAACAUGGUUUGAAAAUUUUCCAAACAGUGACGUUCAACAUAGAUUAAAUGAAAAAUUCAGAUCAGAACUCCACGAGUUUCAGAAGAAUCGGUGGCACGAUAACUGGAUUUCCAAUGCGUUACCUUCAUUUCAAUAAGUAACACCAUUUUACUUUUAUAUAAAGAUUGCAAAUGCUUAUACAAUAUUGCACUGUAUAGAUUUAUAGAAAUGUUAUAUAAAAUAAAUGUGUAUAUAUACAUAUACACAAUAAUAAGUAUUUGCAUCUUAAAAUACAUGAGAAUUAAUAACAAUCAUAUAUAUAAUGUAAAUGUUAACAAUAGUUGAUUUCACUUUUGUUUUAAUUAUAUUUUUAUUCAUUCA